GACGCCUCGACGUAACCCUUCUCCUCAAGGCUGCAGCGACAACAACAAGGAAGUGAUUGAGCGAGAAGGAGAGACGCCGCCAGAGCCAGCCAUUGCCGUCCAUAGUCCUUUUCGACCCCGCCGCCGCCGCCGCCAUCAUGAACAGCAAAGGCAAGAGAGGAGGUCAAUAUCCUACACAGCCUUCCUACCCAGUUCAACCUCCUGGUAAUCCAUCAGUGUUUCCACAGACCAUACCACUUCCUCAGGCUCCACCUUACACUGAAGCUCCUCCUGCUUACUCAGAACUCUACCGCCCAAACUUCGUGCAUCCUGGGGCUGCCACUGUACCAACAAUGUCUGCAGCUUAUCCUGGUGCUUCAUUGUACCUUCCUAUGGCUCAGUCUGUAGCUAUGGGCCCAAUGGGUUCUUCAGUUCCAGUGGCUUUUUACCCUGUGGGGCCAGUCUAUCCUCCUGGAUCCACCGUUCUUGUUGAGGGUGGCUUUGAUGCUGGAGCAAGAUUUGCAGCUGGUGCCCCUGCAAAUAUUCCUCCUCCUCCUCCUGGCUGUCCUCCAAACGCGGCCCAGUUGGCUGUCAUGCAGGGCGCCAGUGUGCUAGUGACGCAACGGAAGGGGAACUUCUUCAUGGGGGGCUCAGACGGUGGCUACACCAUCUGGUGAAGGAAAGGGGGGGCUACAUUGGUGUAAAGGAACGACAUCACAUACUGUCAGCACUUCUCACAAUGUAACCGCUUUAGUCGUAUUAACCUGGAGUUACAGUUUAGACACAUGAUGCAGGGUGUCUUCCUGGUGCCCUGACCCUUCAGGCACUUUUUCUUUUAAAAAUUAAAAAAAAGAGCAAACUUUAAAUACAAAACCAUGCAAUGGUAGGAGUGCCUCUCUUAAAUCUUUGGGGGUUAAAUUGCAAAAUGAACAUGAGCUAAGCUGACCCAUGAGUUUCCCUUUAAUUCCACUGGAGAGUGCUAGAGACUGCAGCAUUUCUCCUCUCUGUCUUUCGCUUUUAUUAAUAAACUAUAUAUAUAAAACCAGGUGUUUGGGGUGGGGGUGGGGCAUGGGAAGGGGUCGGGGGGCAGAAAUGGAAGGUUGAAAGAAAGCCUGGCUUCCAAGUAUCAAACGUAUAAAAAGCUUGCAGAUAAACCUAUUACCAAUGGAUAGGAUUAAGAGAAUGCAUCUUCUUUUCUCUUCCGUAGAAUCAGUGGUGCUGAGGAGAAAGGUAGUCAACACAUAUUUCUUUUCAAGGCGGAUGAUGGAUGCCUGUUAGAGGAAUGGGGCUUUGGGGGCUCAAUUCUUGAUUUCAGAACCCCUUCCAACAGCCUCCUCUACUCACCUUUUGCUCUCUGUUCCUUUGCUUGAAAGGUUUGCAGUUUGAGCAUUGGCCCGGGAUGUUCUUUUUAUACACUCUUAAAGUGAUCUUGGACUCCUUUGCACAUUAAGAAUCUAACUGAAGCCAUGUUUUGGUGCCAGAAACACAACAUUUCAUUAAAUGCUUCCUGUACGUUUCAAAAAAUUUAAAAAAAAGCUUAAAAUGAAAACAUUUUUUUAAAGGGGGGAAUAGAGCAACCCGGUGUCUUGAUAACAAAACUGUGUAAGGAAUGUUAUUCAGGCUAGAGAGACAGGAACAUCUGGGGGAUGUCAAUCAGUGUGCAAGUUUGCUGGAUUUGAUGGAGUUCUUUUGGGUUUUGUUCUUUCUUUUUUUAAUGAAACUUUAAAAGUGACUUGGGUACAAUGAAGUCUUAUUAGGAUUAAGAAGAAUAUUUCAGGGAUCUUCAAUCUUUUUGUUGUUGUUGUUGCUUUUGUUUUUAUGAAUUAAAAAUUUAUCAGAUCUGGUGAAUAUAUUUUAUCUUAAUUUUCUGUGUUUUGUAUGUGUCAUGGUCAACCAUACAGCUGACUGUUAAUGAAAGGUUGGAAUUCUAGGUCUCUCUGUAAACACUGUGGUGCACUUAACUUGUGGACUUUUUAUACUAAAACAAGUAGAAUAAAGGCUAUUUUGAAAAUUUGAAUAAAGUGACAAAGUUGAA